UAAAGCCGUGAGCAAAAGGAAGCGCAGGAUAACUGCUAACGGGCCGCCUUCGGCCGGGAGCAGGGGCCCUUCGUGACGGAAACGGAAGUAAAAAAGUAGCAACGAGGACCCCGGGGACCCGUGGAGGAAUGCCGAAGAAGUUCCAGGGAGAGAACUCGAAGUCGGCCACGGCCCGGGCUCGCAAGGCGGAGGCGAAGGCGGUCGCGGACGCCCGCAAGAAGCAGGAGGAGGAAGAUGCGCUGUGGCAGGAAAACGAUAAGCAUGUGCUGAAGAAGGAGCAGCGCAGGGAUGACAGGGAGAAGAGGCGCCUGGAAGCCCAGGAGCGAAAAAAGGAGAACCAGCGACUUUUUGAGGAGGAGGAAGCUAAGAUAAAGGGCAAGGUGGUCAGAGAGGGCAAGGGAGGCAAAGUCACCCGGGCACAGAUUGAGGAAACCCUGCUCAACGAACAGCAGCAGCAGCAGCAGCAAGUGGCCAAGGAGAAAGAAAAAACCCACCUUGAGCAGCCGCUGGAGCUGAACGUGAAUCGCAUAGACCCUGAGGAAGGCAUGAUUGAAGCUAGAACCAUCGAGGAUGCCAUCGCGGCCCUCAGUACCGCAGAGGACCUGGACCGUCACCCGGAGCGGCGCAUGAGGGCAGCAUUUGCCGCAUUUGAGGAGCUGCAUAUGAGCCGCCUGAAGAAAGAGAACCCCAACAUGCGGCUGUCACAACUCAAGCAGCUGUUGAAGAAGGAGUGGGCCAAGUCGCCGGAGAACCCCCUUAACCAGCGCUUCUCCUCUUACAACACCAAGUAAAGAGAGAAACACAGGCUUGCAUCCCUGAGGGAGCCGCCAGCUGUGUGUGUCAUUUUGAGUCAUGAAACUAAAUUUUCCCAGUAGAAGCCAGCUGGGGCUGCGGCAUCCCGAAGCGGAACCGAAGCCCCCUUAGUUUCCUGAAAAGCAAAGCGCCAAAGUGCUGAUCACACAGUGGCCUGGCUUUGCGUCCCAUUUUAGUUUGUGCCUCCAUAGAAUCCCCCCCUUGCACGUCAUGCACCCCGUCCUGCUGCGGUUUGAGGUUGCGAGUUACCGAAUGCCAACGAUGCCUGCGGAUGUGUGAUCUCUAGGCCAAUGAGAACUGGAGGGACUGCUUCGCCUCCCUCUGUUUCUCCCCCAUCAUUACAGUGCAGAAAGACUUGUGGGGGGGGGGGUCUCUAAACGGCUUCCCCGGGCAGGACUCUCAGCCUUUUACAGCAUCUGCAAACGGUCUUAUUUAUUCCACUUACCUGUGUGUGGUUGAAGGCAGUUCUGUAUUCUAACAUCCUGUGUACUCAACCUUUUUUUGUUUUUUUAAAAGAAUCCUUCUUUAAAAAUAAAGCUCUUUUUCUGUGGA